CCGCCCCCCCCCGCCGGAGCUGCCGUUCCCGUUUAAAGCAGCCGGUGCGGCUCUGACGUCAUUAUUCCCCCCGUGACGUCACCGCGUAUCCCCGUCCCGGAGCUCAUCCCGGGGCCCCGCUGUGACGUCACGGGGGAACCCCCUCCGAGCCCCGCCCCGCGCUCCCUGCCAAUCACCGCGCUCGUCACAGCCGAGGAUGAAAGCCGCGCGGCGAUUGGCUACGCCGCAAAGCCCCGCCCCCUGACCCGAAGGCGCGGGGUCAGAGGCAACAUGGCGGCGCCCAGCGGCGCGACCCGGCGUGGGGACAGCGGGGCUCGGCUGUGACCCUGACACCGCGGCAGCCCCGGCGACAUGAGGCUGAACUGGGUCCGCGCGCUGCCCCGGGGCUUCUGGGGCAGCCCCGGAGCUCCAGAGCUCUGUCGGGCCUUGUGCCAGCGCCCAGCGCAGGUCCCCUCUGAGGGCGGCGACACCGCGGGGACCCCAGAACCCCGCGACCCCGCUGAGGGUGACGCCCCAAGGGGGGACACUCCGAGGGGUGCCACCUCGGGAACCUCAGCGUGGCACCACCGCCUCCGCAAGACACGGGACAGCGAGCGCGACCCCCGAGACCGGGACCCCCGCGCUGGGGACCCCCGCGGCCCUGUGGGAGGUGACACCUCGGGGGGUGACACCUCAGGUGACAACACCUCCAAGGCCCCACCGCGACGUCUCCGCUCCCGCAAGGCGCAUGACGAGCACGGAGACAGCGGGGACAGCGGGGACAGCGGAGCCUCCCGCGGCCCCGCGGCGUUCGAGGCGGCCCUGCGGGACAUGGCGCGGUCGCCGCCGGGGCGCGGGGGCCGCCUGGCGCUGGUGGAGGCGGCGCUGGCGGCGAUGCCGGCGCUGGGCGUGGAGCGCAGCCUGGGCGCCUACAACGGGCUGCUGCGGCUGCUGCCCCGCGGGCCCUGGGUGCCCCGCGGGCCCAUGCAGCGCCUGCUCUUCCCCUUCCCGCGGCAGCAGGAGUGCGGCCUGCAGGUGCUGGAGCAGAUGGAGCGCUACGGUGUGGUGCCGGACGCCGAGACGCGGUUCCUGCUGCUGGGGGUGUUCGGGCCGCGCAGCCGCCCGCUGCGCAAGGUGCAGCGCAUGAUGUUCUGGCUGCCGCGCUUCCGCCGCCUGGACCCCCACCCGCUGCCCCCCCAGCUGCCCCCCCCGGGGCUGGCGGCCGCGCGCCUGGGGCUGCGCCGCAUCGCCGGGGACCCCGGAGCCACCGUCACCGUCAUCCAGCGGCCAGUGCCGGACACGGGGGAGGAUGAAGGCUCUGUCCAGCCCUACAUCGUCAGCUCCCAGAGCCCGGAGCAGCGGGAGCUCCUGGCCCAGCACGACCCUUCGCAGCCGGUGUUCGUGGAGGGGCCGUUCCCGCUGUGGCUCCGUGGGACCCUCCUGAGCUACUUCGUGUUACGGGGGGACCCCCUGCCCCCACACCUGAGGGACCCCCCCCCAGACCCCGAGCGCAGCUUUUACUUCCCGCUGCACCUGGAGCUGGACCUGGAGCGCGGCCCCUGGGACGACGAGGACUUCGAUGUAGACGAAGUGGAGGAGGGUCCCGUGUUCGCCCUGUGCAUGGCGGGGGCGGGCGACCGACACACCUUGGGCAGGUGGAUUUCGGGGCUGCAGGAGGAGAACCCGGUGCUGGGGCGCAUCCCCGUCGUCUUCCGCCUCACCGAGGGGGGAGACCCCUCUGCUGGCCCCCAGACCCCCCAGCUGGGCACGGGGACCCCCCCGGCAGCGGCGCUGGAGCCCCCCGAGGGGCAGGACGGGGGGAAGCAGAGGGGAAACCCCCCAAAAAGCAGCGGGGAAUAAAGGGGCGUUGUGAUGGA